AUGGAUUUUAAUUUAAAUUUAUCGCCUAUACAGGAUCGAAAAAUUUCAUCAGCAUUAUCAAGAGCUGAUCGAAGUUCUCCAGAAUCAAGAAAAGAAAUUUUCACAGAAGAAUUGCCUCAAACAAUAAAUCUAACAGAGAAAAGAGUUAAAACUGCUGAUCAACAGAAAAUAUCCUCGCCUGAUCUAGGAACGUUAACUCAACCAACUGAAGAACUUAUCUUACAUGCCUUUGAAACACUAAAAAAUGAAGAUAGCAAAAGCAUAGUGGCUGCAUUAGAUGAAAGUCGAUCUCUAUUAAGAAGCUCAUUGGAAGAACUUCGAUGUGGACAAGAUGAAUAUAGAAAACAACUCGAACAAAUUAAAAACUACAAAGAGUCAGAAACACCAAGAAGAAAAGAUUCAGGUAUGAAUGCGACAUAUCAAGCUUAUUUUGAAGCUCUUCUUACGCACGAUGCAAAUCAACAACAACAUCCAUCGGAUAAAGUUGCCGUGAUUAAGUAUAUUCGUCGACGUGAGAGACGAAAACGUGCAGAAACCAAUCGAAAGAAUAAUGAAUUAAGUAGUGACAUUCUUCAAAAACAAACAGCAGAAUUAAUUGGGAAAAUUGGAAGUAUCGAUAUUAAAUUGGAACAUGAAAGACAAAGACAAAAUGAUACAAUACGUACAAAAAUGAAUGAAAAGAAAGUUAGAGCUCAAAAUAUAACGGAAACAAGUGAAAUAAUUGACCAGGCUCAUGAAGCUAAUCUAGCCCGUGAGCGUGUUGAACAAAAACAUCGUGAAAAAAUUGAAGCACGUCUAUCAGAAAAACGCAAACAACUUAAUCAAACACCAACAAAUGUAAUUCAUGUUCAAAGUCGCGUAAACAAUGAUGAUGAUGAUGCGAAUGAAAAUUCUCAAUUAAAUGAUGAACAAAAACAAGAAACAAAAGCUUCUAUUCAACUUUUGAAUACUCAUAAUGAUGCUGAUGAAUCAAAACGGCCAAGAACACCUGUUUAUGGUAGUGAAAAUUCAAACGAAAAAAUUGCAAAUAUUUAUAUAUAA